AUGCACACCAACUUUACAGUGGAUCUGAGCCAGCCGUCGGCAGAGCGCGAAUUAGCUGCGACAUCUGACAGAGACGAAUACUUCCAUAACGGCGAUACUGUCGGUCUAGACCGCGCUCUAGACUUCGGUGCUUCGUCAACAUGUGAUCAAUUGUUCGACUUUGGUUUAUCAGAGUUGGAAAAUUGUUACCCGAAUCCCACCACCUCACAGGAUCCCAUGUUAACUCCUCCUCCAUCAAUGUUGAAUCACACAGCUAGCCCAACAAACUCGAACAAGCACCCUGAAGUGAUCCCAGGAAUAAGCCAGAGUCCUACUGAGCCCCGCUCAAGCCGGUCUGGCAGGCAGAAAGCCGAUCGAGCCCGUAAGACGAAGGGGAGUGAGCGACCACAUUAUGCUGUGGAGAAGCGAUACCGAUCAACACUAAACGAAAAGUACGCCGCUCUAGCCCGAAUAUUAUCAAGUGAGGCCAUACAGAGGAUAUGCAGAACCGAAGCACAGGACUGGGCGGUAGAGAUGGACGAUGCUCCCUCUGGCUCAAAGGGCGGUUCAAAGGACGAGCGAAGUCGGCAAGGGAAGACGGCUACGCUUUCACGAACUAUUGAGAAUAUUAACGUUCUCAGCAGGUGCUGUAGGCGGGAAGCAGAGGGUUUGGAACAGUUACGAUGCGGUAUUUAUGACGUGAGAAAUCGAGUACAGCACAUACUACGGGCGAAAAUACCGCCGAGUCGCGAGCAACAUGAUGGAGAGUGGUUACGAGGAAAAGCUAAAUAA